AUGUCGUCCUCGUCGUCCAACGUCGUCGGUGUCCACUAUCGGGUGGGAAAGAAGAUCGGAGAGGGCUCGUUUGGUGUUAUUUUCGAGGGCACAAACCUUUUGAACAGCCAGCAAGUCGCUAUUAAAUUUGAACCCCGGAAGAGCGAUGCUCCCCAACUGCGCGACGAAUACCGAACUUACAAAAUUCUUGUUGGAUGCCCCGGAAUCCCCAAUGUCUACUACUUUGGUCAAGAGGGUCUCCACAAUAUCCUGGUGAUCGAUUUAUUGGGACCCAGUCUCGAGGACCUUUUCGACCACUGCAACCGUCGAUUCACCAUCAAGACUGUCGUUAUGGUGGCCAAGCAGAUGCUUUCCCGUGUCCAAACUAUCCAUGAGAAGAACUUGAUCUACCGAGAUAUCAAACCAGACAACUUCCUCAUCGGACGUCCAGGCAGCAAGGCGGCCAAUGUGAUCCAUGUCGUUGAUUUCGGUAUGGCCAAGCAGUACCGUGAUCCCAAAACUAAACAGCACAUCCCAUACCGGGAGAGGAAGUCGCUGUCUGGAACUGCUCGUUACAUGAGUAUCAAUACUCACCUUGGACGCGAACAAUCGCGAAGGGAUGACCUCGAGGCCCUUGGCCAUGUCUUCCUAUACUUCCUUCGAGGUGGUCUCCCAUGGCAAGGACUGAAGGCUGCGACCAACAAGCAAAAGUAUGAAAAGAUUGGUGAAAAGAAGCAAACAACUGCGGUCAAGGAUCUUUGCGAUAGUUAUCCAGAGGAGUUCAACAAGUAUCUCACCUACGUGCGGAAUCUUGGAUUCGAGGACACACCCGACUAUGACUACCUUCGGGACCUCUUCACACAGGCUUUGAAAAACACUGGCGAUGUUGAAGAUGGAGAAUAUGACUGGAUGAAGUUGAACAAUGGAAGGGGCUGGGAAUACAAAUCGUAUUCGUCGCAACACCACGGACAUGCCAACAACCAAGUGCCAAACACUUCGUCCCACAAUUUGCACGGCACUCAAGCCCGCCAGAGCUCCAGACCCGGUAUUACCGCUGACCGUUUAAACGCCGCGCAACCCCCUCCGCCAUCUCCAGGGAGACCCGGAGCUGGAAAGACGCGCGAUCGCCCAAGCGGCUCAGGCGUUCCUCACGCAAAACGCCAAAGCGGGCCGGCAGGGGGGCAUGAGACCUCGACGCCCACAGCGUCGACGCAGGCUCAGUUUCAAAACUCGAACGCUAAUCUUCCAAGCCGUCUCGCGAGUCCGCAAGCAGCCGCCAACACGCAGCAAUUGCCGGGCCCGCAAGGCACCAAUGAACCAGAGCCGACGUUUAUGCAGAAAGCCAUCAGGGCUCUGUGCUGUGGUACGGGUCGGAAAUCUUGA